UCAUCGGCCAAUGAGAACGGCGCAUCGAGCGUCUGCGCACGCACAACACUUAAGGACGCUGCACGCAGUCGACUUUCAGGGGCGUCGCUUUCGGUUCGACGCAACUUAUUUCGGCCCAAUCGGCCGUGAGCCGGCCCAACUGGGCCUCUUUCGAAAGUUCAUUUAUUCCACCACCUCAUUUGUUUUGAUAGAGAUUUCGCAAUGGCAGACGUUGCCAGUCCUGCAAGGCAGACUCGGCGGUCUACGCGCAACAAAGAAGACCUGACCAACGGCGUGAAAAACGCCAAACAAACCAAAAAGCCUGCGCCGCCGCCUAAGCCGGCCAAGAAAAAUGCUGCUAAGAACGCCAAAAGCGAGCCAAAGCCAGCUAAGCAGGCUAAAGUCGCCAACAAGAAAAAAACAAAGGAAGUCAACAAUGAAAAUACUGUUGAGAAGGAGGAGGAAGUUUCAACCCCCGUGACAACCCCCAACAAGGCCAAAAAUGCUGGGCUUUCCACAAUCAGCAAGAAGUUAAAAGAGUUGAUCGACAAUGAGCCAAAACCUGGCUCCUCCUCAGAGCAGAACCACUCUCCACUUGAUGUGUACGAGUUCAGCCAGACGCCUGGUGAGGAAUUUUCGUCUAAGAAGAACAAACGCAAGAUCAUCCAGAAGGCCAGGAGCAAUUUCGUUGAGCUGGAGGACGGCGAAAUCACCCUGAGCGAGCAGAUGAAGGGCGUCAUGAUGGCCAAAGUCAACAAUCUGAUUGACGAGACCGCCGCCCCAGCAGCUCAUGGAAAAUGCCACUGCUGCUUUGAAGAUCUAGAAACGGCCCACUCGGGUGGUGACUUUGAGUGUGUCGACUGCCAAAAAAAGUUCAAGCUGAAGUCGAGCCUGGAGCGCCACAGACGCGUGAUCCACCAGGAGGGUGAGACUUACAGCUGCCCUGAGUGCGACGCUCGCUGUCCUGACAAGGGCACCCUGGCGCGUCAUAUGUACACGCACACUGGUCUCAAGCCGUACACGUGCAAUCGCUGCGACAAGAUGUUCAGCCGCAAGUACCAUCUUGAGCGUCACGUCAUCCAGACCGGAUGCGAUGGGAAGCCCAAACCUUCCCACCCAUGCCAGGUUUGCGGCCGCAUGUUCAGCCGAAAGGACAACCUACGCGAGCACCUUCGAGCUCACGCCGGCCAGGUUAAGCGCAAGAAGAAGUACAACUGCGAGUAUUGCCACAAAGAGUUCCACGGCACCAGUUUGCUGCAGAUCCACGUGCGCAUUCAUACUGGCGAGCGUCCGUACCCAUGCGAGUACUGCGAGAAGACUUUCCCAUCGAGCGGCGCCAUGAAGAAGCACCGACGCAUGCACACCGGUGAAAGGCCCUACGAGUGCAAAGAGUGCUUUGCUAAAUUUGCUGCUAAGGAGACUCUGAACCGACACGUGAAGACGCACACUGGCGUCAAGCCGCACACAUGCGGCUACUGCGGCAAGUCAUUCAUCCAGGCGAGCCAGCUGCGCAGCCACAUCUUCCACCACACUGGCGAGUACGGAUUCACCUGCCAAAUUUGCAACAAGUCGUUCAACCGACGCGUCCGCCUCUCAAUGCACACCAAGUAUGUGCAUGAGGGAGCCAAGCCGUUCGAGUGCGACCAGUGCUCCAAGACGUUUGUGCGCAAAGAGGAUCUCGCCAGACACACCAUCCUCCACUCUGGCGUCAAAUCGCACAAAUGCCCAAUCUGUGAGAAGCAGUUUGCUAUGAAGUCUUCCCUUAAGAUCCACUUGCUGACACACACCAAGGAGCCCCCGCGCUCCUGCGACGAGUGCGGCCGGGCUUUCAUCCGCCAGGACUGCCUCCUAAGACACAUGCGCUCUAAGCACAGAGACAUGCUUGAGGAGAUCUUGGCCGAGGCCGAAAAGAAGAAGCUGCAGCAGCAGCUACUGGCCACACAGGCAGCCCAGGCCGCCGCCUCUACUGGCCUGUCGAUGGGCGCCGCUCUCGCCACUACUACGCAGCUGGCCGGCCUCAUGGGCGCCACGCAAACUGGCGGAUCGAUGUCUGAAAAGGCACUCUCCGACUCCAUCAGAGAACUGCUCUCCCUCCUGGUGGAUGAGGCAACCCUGGCCGCGUUUGGCUGGCCUGACGAAACUGUAGACAAACUGCUGGAGGCGGUGAUUCGUCGGUGCGGACACACGCCUGCGCUGGCCGAGGACUACUCGCCGAUCGACCGUCUGCGCGAGAACGCUAAGCUGCUGUUCACUGUGGUGAUCGACGAUUCAGCCGUGAAGACUCUGCUCAACAACCAGACCGUCGACGAGGUGAUCCUUCACGUGCUGCGCCUCGCCAAGGGCUAAACGCGGCCCAUAACGACUGAGUGAGUGCAAGAGAUGAACGUCGAAGCCGCCGACUUGAGCGUAGUCUGUUUGGACAUUUGGACUUUCUCUCACGUUUUUCUUGCACACGGAGAUACGACAAGUUUUUUCUUUAUUGAUCACGGUGGGUACUCUUCGAUUCUUUGGCUUGCACUGGCAAAUAAUAUCAUCAACAAUACAAACAAGCAUUUUUAAGAUUUUUUGAUAAUGAUACGAGGAGCAUUAGGUGUCGGAUUUGGAUUGGAAAUUUUGUAUCGAUUGUUCACCAUGUGCCUUUAUUGUUGUCAUGGAUCAUGUCUGCUACAUUUAUAGCAAUACUACAUUGUACACAAAAAUUUCCAAAUAAACUUAAAGCCGGGA